GGAAAAAAUAAAAUUAUGUGCAUUAGUGUUUCGUGUUUAAUUUUAAAAUAUCCAUUUUCAAAAGUAGAUGUCUCAAAGGAUAAAUAAGGCUACUUUACCUAGAACUACUAAGAUACAAGCUGGGCAUCCUCUACAGGUUCCGUUGGGUGUGGAGACUGACCGCUCUCGAGGGAGUCACAUCAUGGGAGCUCCCCUGAGCAGUGUGGGCAUCCCUGGCAAUGAAGAGAGUCACGCAGAUACAGGAGAUAGCCAGACCUCCUCUUUCAAGAUUCAUCGUUGCCCAAUUUGUCCGUACUCGACUCCGAACGGGAACCAUAUGCAGUAUCACAUGCGGUCACAUACCGGAGAAAAGCCGUUUUCCUGCCCGUUUUGUUCCUACAGAGCUGCACAGAAAACGCAUUUGAAGACCCAUAUGCGAACACACACGGGAGAAAAACCUUAUGCUUGCAGUCUGUGUGAUUUCCGUGCAGCUCAAACGGGUAACUUGAAAAAACAUAUGGCAAAGCAUCAUUGUUAGUUAUCAAUAUAUCUGAAGGUGUGUAUACGUUAAUUGUGUACGCGAUACAUAGAAGUCGUAUGCUUGCUCCCAGGAUUGUUUUGCAAACUGCAUAAAGAAGCCAAUUAAUGUGACCAGUGUCGAUGUCGAGUAAGAAAAUUUGUUAACCUAUUGAACGGUUUAGCCUUUCUUUCUGGAAGUUAAUCCAGAGUCUGGGAAAGAAGUUCACUUAAAAUGUUGUUGGAAGAUAUGAAGUAUUCGGUGAUAGGCCGUCAUUCAUCAGUCAGUGUAGGAUGUAGUACUAGAAGGAGUACCUAGGUUUUAUUAGAAAUGGAAACGCAUGUAAGUGUAUGACAACAUAAACCGUAAGUGUAUAUGCCAUGGUUCUACCUCGCUGUAUGUCUGCCUUAAAAAAUUCUGAAAAUUAAAAGGUAGUAAUUUA